AUAUUAUUAUUGCAUAGGUGCCCAGAGAAACAAACAGCAGAGCGGGCAAAGGAAGAAAGAAAAAAUCAUGGCUUCAUCUCUCUCCUCCUCAUCGCCGGCCUGGCUAUGCGGCCACAAAUUGAAUUCCUUACACUCAGCAGGCAGCGGCCAUGGAAGCAAAAACUUCAAAGUAUUUGCGCGCUUCGGAUUCGGCGGCAGCAAGGCCAAGACCAAGAAAUCUCCGCCCCCAAAGCCCAGAGGAGGCUCUUUUUCCGACAGGCCUUUGUGGUUUCCGGGCGCCACGGCCCCCGAAUGGCUGGACGGAUCUCUGGUCGGAGACUACGGGUUCGACCCCCUGGGAUUGGGGAAACCCGCAGAGUAUCUGCAAUAUGACUUGGAUGAAUUGGACCAGAACCAGGCCAAGAACUUGGCCGGAGAUGUGAUCGGAACUGUGCGCUUCGACAGACAGGAAGUGAACGCCACGCCUUUUCAGCCCUACAGUGAGGCGUUCGGCCUGCAGCGAUUCCGGGAGUGCGAGCUAAUUCAUGGCCGCUGGGCGAUGCUCGCUACCCUCGGUGCCCUAGCUGUCGAGACUUUCACUGGAGUCACCUGGCAGGAUGCUGGAAAGGUGGAAUUGGUGGAGGGAUCAACAUACUUUGGGCUACCUUUGCCCUUUAACAUUACAUCAUUGAUAUGGAUAGAGGUGUUGUUAAUUGGUUAUAUUGAGUUUGCAAGAAAUGCUGAGUUGGACCCAGAGAAGAGGUUGUAUCCAGGUGGCCCAUUUGACCCAUUAGGAUUGGCAUCAGACCCUGAGAAGAAAAGUCAAUUACAAUUGGCAGAGAUAAAACAUGCUCGCCUUGCCAUGGUUGCAUUCGUGGGCUUUGCAGUACAAGCAAUUGUAACUGGAAAGGGCCCUCUCAAUAACUGGGUUACACACCUUAGUGAUCCUCUCCAUACUACUAUUCUUGACACCUUUCUCUAGGUCUAUGUUAUAAAUUAUUGAAAAAGUAGAUCAUGUACCAUCUCAGUUAUAUCUUUUCCUUUACAUGUAAUUUUUGUCUAUGGUCCUUUUAAUGUAGAGUUUGAAGUAAAACUUGAUCUUUGAUCAUUUUGAAAAAUAGUAUUGUGUUACCAUA